AUUAUGUGAACAUUGAGAUUGGACCACAAAUCCAAGUGUAGAGCCCGAUUGUGUAUCGGAGCAAAACAUGAGGAGCAAUGAGGGUUUGUGUUAACAAAUUGAUUUCCAUGGAAGCGGGAACUGUAACUAUCCUCCCCACUCCCAUUCUCUUCAACUCCAAAUGCAAGUUUCCUCCCCGCAAUUUCCGCUGCUUCGUUUCCUCAAAUUCUGAUUCAAAUAAUGCCCAAAUUAAGGGACACUAUUAUAGAGGACCCAAGCCUAACAGAAAUUUUGUCGCUGAUUGGGUUAAGAACAACGACUCCACCGUUCGAACCUUGCCCAUUUACGUCGGCGCCGCUUCUCUCUUGGCUGUUCUCAUCAAUCGCGCCGCUUCUGGCAUUGCUCCUGUUGCCGAUGCCAGUAGUUCACAGUCUAGAGCUGAUUUGUUGACACUUGGAUUGGCCGUUACUAAUAUUUUAGCUGGUUUGGUGUGGCUCACCAUCAAGCCAAAGACUAUUUAUCCAGUAAAUCCUCAAGGCGUGGACUGUCAAAUUCUAUUCCCGGAUCUGCCUCGCUAUGUGGUUUCUGAGUUACUUUGGGUAUGGGAAUCUCUGUCGGCUGUCACGUGCUGCAGGUCUUUAGUUGUUGUUUAUGAUUGCAUCUGUUUUCUACAAAUUGGUAUGGCUGUUGAAUCGUCUAAUAAGGGUGAAGUGCUAUCCGUGGAUACUGCCAAAUUGAUGCAAGGAUCACUUGUUCAAGCUGUUAAGAAAUCAGGAGCUCAGAGCUAUUUGGCAAACCUCUCGCUCUAUCCCGGGAGGUCUGAGCUGCCAUUUUUUCCUUCAAAUACACAGGCAGUGAUCUUGCAGCCUCUUGGAGAUAAAGGAGUUGCAAUAAUUGGUGGUGACACUAUUAGGGGUUUCACUACUUCUGAUCAGGCAUGGAUUACAUUCAUUGGUGAGAAACUUGAUGCCACACUAGCAAAAUAUGUAACCAACAGCUCGUUGGCAGCGCAAGAUAGAGUUUGAAACAGAAUCCCUUCAAACUUUAUGAACUGUCUCGGUCUCAUGCAUCAAUCUGCUGCAUACCUUGAGAUUCUUAUUCUUUACUUUGAACAUAUGUGGAGCAAUUCCUAGCAGCAGGAGAGUUGGCUAAAGUUGAAACAUGCAAGUUGUCGGGAGAUACAGCACCGCCUGGUUAUGUGCUAUUUCAUUUACUUGAGGGGCGGCAAUAUAUUGAUCGAUAUGCAUUAUCUUAACCCUUCGAUAUCAUAUUUACCUAUUAAAUGAAUGUUAUUCCUAUUCGAGGCAGCAAAGUAUGUUUUUUAUCUGAUCCCAUAACCUCCCUCCUACCAUUAUUUCUUCAUUUUCAUUCCGAAUGGCAAUAAUUCUGUAGCCGAUCAACACUUUGACCUCGACUUGUUAUAUAAUAUGCGCAUUACAGAACAGAAUAUCUAGUUUCAUUAUUAAUAUGUUAUUGAAACAGUUUGAGAAACAGUAUUAUAGUAUCCAA